CAUGGCGACCGCAAUGAUCGCCCUGAAUGAUCACUUCAAAUACAACAGCAAAAUAGCGCGCACUCUUCAACAGUUACUGCCUUCCAUUGAGAGGAAAAUGAUCCAGCUGUGGUUCAACAAGUUGGAGCACAUGGACAAAACAAUGGAACAAAUGGUGAUUCGCAGCGAUUACAUGUGGUUCAUUCUUCUGAUGCUGCAAAGCCGCCGCAUCAGAGAACCGUUCAAUCAACUGCCGCCUCGUCAUGUGGUGCCUUUGAGGAAAUUCGUGCCCUUGAAUGUGUAUGAAGAAGUGCUGAUCUUGAAUGAGCCCCACAUGAUCUACGUGAAACGGAAAUCUUUAGACGACAUCCUCAAAGUGAAGAAAAAGAGGACCGCCACCACUUCCUGCUCCUCGCUGGAUCAGUUUGACUAAUCCGACCAAUCUAGUGCGCUAAAGCCUGUCCAUUUGGUGUACAAAUAUAAAAUUCGAUGCGAAAAAAUCAAGGUUAAACUUGCAGAAUUUCUGCUGGGGUUUUUUCGGGUUUGGGUGUGGAAACAUGCGAUUUGGUCAGUUGAUUGAAAGCCGGCUUUAAGCACUGAACAUGCUGUGGGUGCAAACGACGUCGAUUUUGGCUCUCAUCUAUCUGGUCGAUUGCCAUGUGGCGAUUCGCCCGCGCGAGUUUCUAGUGGAUGCUAAGAAACAGUCAAAAACAGAUGAAAACGCGCCCAAUGAGGAAGAUCGAUGCACGCCAUUGGUCAGUUGUCCAGCCCACCUGCGCAAAACCUCAAACAGCUACUGCAGAACGCGCACGCAGCGACAGGGAGUGCUUUGCACCACUGGCCAAAACCAUACAGACCAGCAGGAUCUCAGAGGGCGCCAACACACCUUUCACAUGGACAGCUCCGUUCUGAGUCAGUUGCAGAUGAAAAGCCGCUCAGAAAUGACCAGGCUGCGCACUCGGGAGGCGGCUCUUCUCGCCUCCAAAGAACCUCCAGUUCUGCUGCCAGGUCCAGCUACUUAUGGCCAUUUUCGCAACUCGCGCUCCUUUGACAUGCACGAUUUAUCCGAGAUGAUGCAUGUGGCAAACAGCGCCCUCCAGCUGGCGAUAGCCACGCGCGCCUUCAAGGAUCGGCACGGGCUGAGCAAUGAAGAUCUGGAGCUGGGGAUGAUUGAUGGAGAUUUGCGGCCCACUCAGAUGGGCCAGGCGUGUGCUCCUGUGCCAUUUUGCCCGCUGAUUCCCGAUAAAUACCGUCGAAUCGAUGGGGUUUGCAACAACAUCCUGCAGCCUUCAUGGGGCGGGCCUUUUACCGCCUAUUCCCGCCUGUUGCCCGCCAGCUACCAGGAUGGAGUUUGGGCUCCUAGAACCUCUGUGGUCGGCGAAGAGCCUCUUCCAAGCCCUCGCCUGAUCAGCGCCUCCGUUAUAUCCGAUCUGAGCAGCCCCAGUCCGGACUACACGCUGGCAGUGAUGCAAUUUGGUCAGUUUAUCUCGCACGAUUUCACUCAGUCGAUGGACAUGUCGUUCACCAAUGGGAGCGCAAUUUCCUGCUGUGCGGCGGAUGGAGCGUCGACGUUGCCGCCGCAAUCCACCCACUACGCCUGCCUGCCCAUCGACAUCCCUGCGGACGACCCGUUCUUCGGCAAGUUCCGGCAACGGUGCAUGAACUUUGUCCGGUCGAUUUUGGCUCCGAACAAUGACUGUUCGCUGGGGUAUUCUGAGCAGAUGAACAAACUCACUCACUUCAUCGACGCCUCGUCAGUCUACGGCUCCACGCCGGAACAAACCAGCCAACUUCGCAGCUUCCGCGACGGAAAACUCAAAGUUUUCGACGACUUCGGCCGAGAUUUGCUGCCAAUGUCCAAAGACCCGAACGCCUGCCUCACCAUGGAACAGGGAUCCGCCUGCUUCGAAUCCGGCGACACCAGAACCAAUCAGAUGAUCACCCUUACAGUGAUGCAUACGCUGUUUCUGCGCGAACACAAUCGCCUUGCAAGGGAACUGGGACAGUUGAAUCCUCACUGGGACGAUGAAAAACUGUUCUUGGAAGCCAGACAGAUUCUGAUGGCUGAGAUGCAAGUGAUCAUCUAUCAGGAGUUUUUGCCCACUGUUUUAGGGAGGGAAGCAAUGGAAGAAUUCGGCGUGGAGCUGGAACCCGAAGGGAAAUACUCCCUUGACUACAAUCCUAUGGUCGAUCCUUCCAUUACCAACGAAUUUGCAGCGGCAGCUUUCCGCUUCGGGCAUUCAGCAGUGGAAGGACAAUUGAAGAUCUUCGGUCCCAGUAAGAUGGAGGAAGUGAUCGCGAUUCCCGAACUAAUGUUCUACCCAUCCAGGAUGCGACACCAGGAGUUUCUGGAUGAAGUGCUGAGCACGUUGACCACUGAGCCUAUGCAGGACGUGGACGGUCACAUAUCCGAGAUGCUAACAAAGUACACGUUUCGCGGAGGAAACCCAUUUGGAGUUGAUUUAGCGGCGAUUAAUAUACAAAGGGGCCGAGAUCAUGGCCUGCGGCCCUACAACGACUACAGGCAGCUAAUAGGUUUACCACGCAUCAACGAUUUCGACGAAUUCGGUCCGGAGAUCGGCAGCAAGCUUCGUGCAGUCUACCAAUCGGUAGACGAUGUGGAUCUAUGGGUGGGCGGCCUUUUGGAGGACAAACCAGCAGGAAGCAUGCUGAGCCUCACCUUCCGGGACAUUAUUGCCGAUCAGUUUGCGCGCCUGAAGAAGGGCGAUCGCUACUUCUUCCAAAACGAUCCCUCAAUCAAUCCGGGCCAUUUCACUCCAGAGCAACUAGCGGAGCUUAGGAAGGCGUCGUUGUCGAGGAUAAUUUGCGACAACAGCGAUAAAAUGUUACUUUCCCGACAAGCUCGCAACGCUUUUAGGAAACCCGGUGUGUCAGGGAAUGAGUUCUUCGACUGUCGGGGUCCGGAGAUUCCGCGUCUUGAUCUAACACUUUGGCACUCUUAGGCAAUUUUAAUCUGUUCUUGUUGUCCAUAGUUCAAGCUCAAAAAAACGUUCACAAAAGUUCAAAAACUAGUCACGAUUUUGUUUGAGACUUUAUUAUUUUUCCAAUCUGCUACUUAUCACUAUAGUACAUGGCGAUCCAGGAUUUAUCCAGCCGAAAACCACUAGUGACUAUUCCUCCACUUGUUUGCCAGUUUGCGUUCUUCAUUCCAGCCAUACAAAGAGCGCACUAGCUGAGAUUGAGGUGGAAAAAGUCGGAGGAAUAGCCCCAACAAGCUCCCGAUUAUAUUAAACUAAUUAUAAUUUUUUUAAAUUUUACUUAAGUCAAAUCACACCUAAUUUAGAACUUAACGCUUUUGUAUGGUGUAUUUUCAGCGAAUAUAAUUAAAAUUUUUACGUUA